UCUCAGUUUCCAAAGCUAAAGGAUCCCAGACAGGAGAGUCAACCUGUAAGGAACCAGAAUUCCUAGCAGUUCCACCUCUGACAGAGCUCAGUCACCAUGGAUGCAAGUGAAUACCGGAGGAGAGGGAAAGAGAUGGUGGAUUAUGUGGCUGACUACUUGGAAGGCAUCGAGGGGCGCCCCGUCUACCCUAAUGUGGAGCCUGGCUACCUGCGGCCCCUGAUCCCUACUGAGGCUCCCCAGGAGCCAGAAGCAUUUGAGGACGUUAUCAAUGACCUUGAAAAGAUAAUCAUGCCAGGGGUGACCCACUGGCACAGCCCCUAUUUCUUCGCCUACUUCCCCACGGCCAGCUCAUACCCAUCCUUGAUCGCAGACAUGCUGUGUGGAGCCAUCGGCUGCAUAGGCUUCUCUUGGGCAGCGAGUCCAGCAUGCACAGAACUGGAGACAGUGAUGAUGGACUGGCUUGGAAAGAUGCUGCAGCUGCCAGAGGAGUUUUUGGCUGGAACAGCUGGAGAAGGGGGAGGAGUGAUCCAGGGGAGUGCCAGUGAAGCCACCCUGGUUGCCCUGCUGGCUGCUCGGACAAAAGUGACCCGGAGGCUCCAGGCAGCAUCUCCAGAGUUGACGCAGGCCGCCAUCAUGGAAAAGCUGGUAGCCUACUUCUCYGAUCAGGCACACUCCUCUGUGGAAAGAGCUGGAUUAAUUGGUGGAGUGCAAAUGAAAGCAAUCCCUUCUGAUGGCAAAUUUGCCAUGCGUGCUUCUGCCCUGCAGGAGGCCCUGGAACAAGACAAGGCAGCUGGCCUGAUUCCAUUCUUAGUGGUUGCUACACUGGGGACCACGUCUUGCUGCUCUUUUGACAAUCUCUUAGAAGUGGGCCCUAUCUGCAAGAAGGAGGACAUGUGGCUGCACAUUGAUUCUGCAUACGCAGGCAGUGCCUUCAUCUGCCCUGAGUUCCGGCAUCUUCUGAACGGAGUGGAGUUUGCAGAUUCAUUUAAUUUUAAUCCCCACAAGUGGCUUUUGGUGAAUUUUGACUGCUCCGCCAUGUGGGUGAAAAAGAGAACAGACUUAACAGGAGCCUUUAAAUUGGACCCUGUGUACUUGAAGCACAGCCAUCAGGAUUCAGGGCUUAUCACUGACUACAGGCACUGGCAGAUCCCACUGGGUCGAAGAUUCCGCUCUUUGAAAUUGUGGUUUGUCUUUAGAAUGCUUGGAGUCAAAGGACUGCAGGCUCAUAUCCGMAAGCACGUCCAGCUGGCUCWUAUGUUUGAGUCUUUGGUGCUCCAGGAUUCCCGCUUUGAGAUCUGUGCAGAAGUCACUAUGGGGCUAGUCUGCUUCCGGMUAAAGGGUUCCAACCAACUGAACGAAGCUCUUCUGCAAAGAAUAAACAAUGCCAGAAAAAUCCACUUGGUUCCGUGUCACCUCCGAGACAAGUUCGUGCUGCGUUUUGCCAUCUGCUCUCGCAUGGUGGAAUCUGCCCACGUGCAAUUCGCCUGGGAGCACAUCAGAGAGCUGGGGGAAGAGGUGCUGAGAGCAGAGAAGGAGUGAAAGUGGAGCCUGCUGCAGAGAUGAAAAGUUGAAAGGACAUAUAUCUGAAAACUGAAAUAAGAAGAAAAUAAAUAUCAUCCUGAUUCUGUGGAACUGAGUCUGUAUGUGACCUCCCAUGUCUGCUCCAAAGUUAACCAGACACCUGUCAUUAUGUCUUUUAACAUUAAUCAAAGUUAAUCAGACCUGUCAUAGCGUCUCAUCAGUGAAGAAAUAUUUACUAUAUGGAAAGUUUAUCUCAGUGACUACAGUUUUCAUUUCUUUUUUAACUAUGAUUUUUYGUGAUUAAAAAUCAUAAGUUUUCAUGCUUUUGAAUCAAUCAGU